CGACCAAUCCUCAACGUCCAUGCCCUGACGCUCGUUUUUGCUGGACGCAUCAGUGUCUUUUUCUUCUUCUUCUCAUCUAUCCCUCCUAUACAAGCGCCGCGCUGCCCUCCGGUCGAAUUGAUCGCGAUAACGAAACGAAACCAAGCCUCUACAUCAUCACCACCGCCCGCCAAAAUCAGGCUCCAUGGCUCGUCCCAUGGGGUCAGUCCGCCUCAAGAAGGCCAAUUCCUCGACGUUGAUCCUGGGAGCGGUGCUUUGCAUUUUCAUCAUCAUCUUCCUCGUCUCGCCCUCGAGCCCCGCCUCCACCGGCCGCCUGUCUACCAUCGUCUCGGCCCAGCAUCACCUAUCGCCCCCUACCUCGCCGUACCAGAGCCCGCGGUCAGGUGCUGUCCAAGGCCCUCCGCCGGUUACGCGAUACAAUCUCAACAAGGUCACAGUCACGUCCGAUCCCGUUAGGAACCAGGAGCACAUCCUGAUCCUGACGCCUAUGGCCAGGUUCUACCAACAAUACUGGGACAAUCUCUUGCACCUCAGCUACCCCCAUGAGCUGAUUACUCUGGGCUUCAUCCUGCCCAAGACCAAAGAGGGAAACCAGGCGACAUCCCUUCUGCAGCAGCAGAUCCAAAAGACGCAGCAUGGCCCAGAGAAGGACCGCUUCAAAAGCAUCAUCAUCCUGCGCCAAGACUUUGACCCUGCCGUGGCGUCCCAGGACGAAAGCGAGCGCCACAAGCUGGGCAACCAAAAGGCCCGCCGUGAGGUCAUGGCCAAGGCACGCAACUCGCUACUCUUCACGACACUGGGCCCGUCCACCUCAUGGGUGCUGUGGCUCGACGCCGACAUCGUCGAGACUGAGCCCACGCUGAUCCAAGAUCUUGCGGCCUUCGACAAGCCCAUCAUCGUUGCCAACUGCUUCCAGAAAUACUACGACCCCGAGACCAAGAAAAUGGCUGAGCGGCCGUACGACUUCAACAGCUGGCAGGACAGCGAGAAUGCGCUGAAGAUGGCGGAGCAGAUGGGGCCGGAUGACAUCCUGCUCGAGGGCUACGCUGAACUCGCAACCUACAGAACUCUUCUUGCGUACAUGAGCACUCCCGGUGGCAAGCAGGACCUGGUGGUGCCCCUCGACGGAGUUGGCGGCACCGCAUUGCUGGUCAAGGCUGACGUGCACCGUGACGGAGCCAUGUUCCCUGCCUUUUCUUUCUACCACCUGAUUGAGAGCGAGGGUUUCGCCAAGAUGGCCAAGCGAUUAGGAUGGCAACCGUAUGGGCUUCCCAACUACAAAGUCUACCAUUAUAAUGAGUAAAUUAGCAUUUACAUCCAAUUUUUUUCUCAUUUGGCAGUUCUCUCCUGUCGUUUUAUUUCAUUACGGUUACGGCUGUUGGGCUUAGCGUCGAUGGCAUUGGAGGCGGGUCGUAAGAAGAGGUGUAAGGGAUCAAAUGCCCACGUUGCAUGAUACAUUCUUCUCUCUUCACAACUCUUUGGAAUCGAUUUUUUCAAAACAAAAAUGAUGCUCGGGGUGUCUUGGGUAGGAAGUCAGGGCAGGGUCAGGCACGGCGCGGCGCGACGCGGGCGUUUUCUCGUUGAAAGCAUCUAACCUCUCAACCUCUGGCAUGUUGAAAUUUAUAUAGAAAAAAUCCCCCUUCCCCC